AUGGCCAAUGCUGAAAGCGGCUCGGAGGUGACUGUCAUGGUCAAUGGAAUGCCAGGACCCAUGGCCAUUGCUGCAGCAGAAGCCUGCCUUCGCAAGGGGCUCAAAUUGUCACCAGUCGCCAUGACACGGCCAGAAAUAGAUCCCUGCAUUCUCACCAUCAGUGAUGCUGUUAGUGGCAAAUCUUCCAAUGUCCAAUUGAUCCCUUCCACAGAAACUGACGAGCUUGAGGCUGCCAUUGCUGGCGCCAGAGAAGGCGCUGGAGGGGAAAAGAACUUGCUGGCCAUUGAUUACACUCAUCCAUCCGCAGUGAAUGCAAAUGCCCUUUUUUACAUUGGCAAUCAAACUCCAUUUGUUAUGGGAACCACUGGAGGGGAUCGCGAAAAGUUGAUGGCAGAUGUGACAGCUGCAAAACAUUUUGCAGUAAUUGCUCCCAAUAUGGGCAAGCAAAUUGUUGCCAUGCAGGCAGCAUUGGAAGAUUUGGCAUCUACAUACCCUUCAGCCUUUGCAGGAUACUCCCUCCAAGUAACGGAAUCCCAUCAGAAAACUAAGGUGGAUACCUCUGGGACUGCCAAAGCAGUGAUUGACUCUCUCAAAACACUCAGUGAUGAUGGGUUUUCCUACGAUGAUAUCAACAUGAUCAGGGGAGACCAAGAAGCAGUGGAGUUUGGUGUACCUGAAGAGGGGUUACACGGUCAUGCCUUUCACACUUACACCCUCACUAGUUCAGAUGGUUCGGUGCAAUUUCAACUGCAACACAAUGUUGUUGGGAGAACAUCUUAUGCAGAAGGCACAGCUGAUGCUGUGAAGUUCUUGUCCAAGAAACUGCAAACUGAACAGGAAGGAAGAGUAUACUCAAUGAUCAAUGUGUUGGAAGCAGGCGCACUGGAUGGAUUUCUUGACUAG